AUGUUGAUCAGAGGCAAGCGGGCCAAACGGCACCGUUCCGCCUCUCCUCCUCCUCCUCCGUUGAAAUCCUCCACCUCGUCAUCCGCCGCCGCCGCCACGUCGUCCGGAGAGAGUCAGAGAUCGGCGACUUCUUCCGGUUACGAGAGCAGUACCGAGGAGGAAGAGGACAUGGCGAAUUGCCUGAUUCUCCUCGCUCAGGGCCGGCGCCGACACAUUAUGGGUUCGAGGAAAUUCUCCGACAUCGCGACCACGACGAACAGGGCCGGGUUUUUUGUCUACGAGUGCAAGACUUGUAACCGCACCUUCCCUUCUUUCCAAGCGCUGGGCGGCCACCGGGCCAGCCACAAAAAGCCCAGGCCCACUCCCGGCCCGCCUGGGAUCGAGGACAAGAAGGUAAUUUCCGCCGGUCCAAUUCCAGCCUGUCAGGUUGAGAUGAGCAACAGCGCCGCCGUGGUGGCGGCGUCGGCCACCAAUAGCGGCAAGGCGGCGACGCCGGCGGGAAAUAAGGCGGCGAAAGUCCACGAGUGCGCGAUUUGCGGGGCGGAGUUCACGUCCGGGCAGGCGCUCGGCGGGCACAUGAGGAGGCACAGGGCGACCAACGCCGGGAACCAGACGGCGACGGCGGAUCUGAAUAACCAGCAGAAGAAUCAUGUGCUGUCUCUGGAUCUCAAUUUGCCGGCGCCGGAGGAUCUCGACGCCCACCAGCAUCACCGUGCGGAGAAGCAAUCGACGAAGGCGAUGAUGUUCUCGGCUCCGGCGUUGGUUGGGUGCCACUACUGA